GAAAGUACGCGUGUUAAUCCAAAUUAAUGACCAUGUUGUAAAUAUUGACAUACAAGAAGAAUCAAAGUAUGGCAUUAAAAAUUGAUGUAAAUAAAGGUCCCCUCACCUUGACACAUGAUCCGAGACCACGUGAUUUGAAAACCACCAAUAAUACCUCGGAAGAUAACCCCUUGUAUCAGGACUUCCGGUUCAAAGGUUAUCCAUCCGAGAGUUUUUUCAACCCCCACAAUCCACAAUAUAAGAGAAAUUCAGCUGCUAUGAAUGGAUCUGACGUAAACAGAUAUUUUGGAAAAUCACAGCAUUUUGAUUCAGCAAGAAAGACAGAGCCGGUCGCACCAAAACCUCAAGCCUCUGAAAUCGUUACCUACCACCCGGGUGAUGCAAGACCAAAAUUAGACGAGGGUCACAGAAGUCUACAGUACGGGUCAGGUGACCCACGAAUUGAAGAAUCCCAGCAGGUGCGUCCUGGGCCAAUGAGAGGAUUAGGCUUUGACAACAGAGACGAGAACGAACGGGAGAGAUUACGAAGAGAAAUGAUUGAUACCGAGCAGGAUCGACAGAGAAUCAAAUAUCAGGAACAGAUUAGAAUGAGGGAUAGAGAAGAUGAAAGGAAAAGGCAAUUCGACGAGAUCCGGGAACAAAAACGACAGGAUAUGGAAAUGUUAAAAAAUUACAAUCCGUGGGGUCGGCCAGGGGGAGGAGCGCCUAUGGCCGACGCCCGAAAGCAGAAAUUUACCGAACACCAACUUGAACCUCCAGAGAAACAUGUAUAUAAAGAUAAAUGGAGUGAUCAGAGCGAUGAUGCCAACAAUCACAACAAAUUCUUAGAAAACUGGCAACUAUUCGCUUAUGACGACAAUCCAUUGCAUCUCCGAGUUCAUCCCGGUAAAGCCACUGUGAUGCAUGAAUUGGUUCAUAAAUUUCAGGACAGACCUGGAUAUGAUCCAUCGGGACCAAGAGAUCGCACAAGGCUCGAACAAAUGAAACGAGACCCAGCGGCCGAUGCGUCUCCAAAGAAUAAUUCUCCCUCCGCACCGAGAAACGGUCAAAAUGAGCAGGGAGGGAUGGCUCCAACUCCCCCAACAGGCAUUACUGGAUCUAUAGUUGAUCGUCUCGGAACCCCUGGGGGAGGUGCUCCUCUGAGAACGGAUUCCGGAAAUCACGUGAAAACUCAUAUGAACUCUGAUAAACUAAUCCGCUUUCAGGAUCAAAGCAGACCGGAAGUAGAAAAUGUCUUGCGAUAUGAAAGGGAUCCGCAAGCAAAACAGGAAUACGCCAUGGAUCUGAAGCUCCAACAAAAGCAGGACAUGCUUCAUAACCAGGAGGAGAAAUUACAGCAUCUCAAAGAGGAACUAGAUCACUGUGCUACUUUUCCGUAUGGAAAACCUGGAGGUGGUGCUCCUAAUUUGUCAAAGUCUGGAAAUCACUUGCGAUUGAAAAGGAAAAUUUAUAAUACUCUGGACACGGUUGAACUUAUGAAAGUUCAGGCUAGAGAUUCCUUCCAGGAGAGAAGACAGUUUGAUGACUUUGAUCCUUGGGGAAAAGGAACUGGGAACCCCCUUAGAAAUUCUGACGGAUAUCUGAUAAACAUCAGAAAAUCCUUCAGGAGGAAAAAGAAUGGAUACAGCGAUUCCUAUGAAAGAGGAGGUAAUCCCCGCACAGCCCCCGAAACAAAUCGUAGUGCUACCAAUCCGUUUGAAGAGUAUGACAAUCUUGGCAGAAUUGGAAAACCCAAAAAGCCAAACAUGGAGCUACAUCCUAUCUAUCAUCCUUUCGGAAGAUCCGGGGGAGGGGCACCAGUUAAGGAUUACAGUGGGAAAAUCAGCACAGUAUUACACGGCCACUCAGAUCGACAUUAUCUGCAUAACAACCUCUCUGAUUACGAGAGAAGACAGAAUGCAAUCAAAGCCAAAAUCUACUAUGCAGAAUUAGGUCAACAGAUGGAGAACCAGCAAUACAAGAAGAAAAUGGAAAUGGAGGAAAAAAGAAAGCCGCAUGGUGAAUUGGCAGUUAUUAUUGAUGAUAAAUUAACUGGUAAACCCAGAAGGGACCCCAUAACUGGGGCCUUGCAAAAUCAUCACCUGGGCAAUUCUGAUGUGUCCCUGCAGAAAAUGGGAAGCCAGCCAAGAAAUAUCUCAGAACAGAGGCAGUACCAUAAUUUCUUGGAUAAUAUGACAGAGGAAAGAUACCGCAGAAAUGCUCUGGGUAAAAUGAAGGAUUAUCAGGAAGGGCAGAGGCAUUAUGACACCAUGGACAGCCUCUGGGGUAGACCUGGGGGUGGGGCACCAAAAGGGUACACCAUGAGGAAGAUGAAUCUGGACGAGAUCAUCCACCACCCCACUAAAGAUAAAGCCACCGAGGAAUAUGUCAGGAAACACGAUUGGUCAGAAGUUGAACCAAAUAAGUUCUUUUCAAAAGAUGACGAUGAGUAUAUAUCGGCAAGAUCCCCCCGACAGAACCCCAUGCUCUCGGCCAGAGAUAUUCAGGAGGGACGUUUAUCCCCGGGUGCCAGGCCUAAGAAAUUUAUAAAGAGUACCGUCACAAGUAGUCAUGCCAAUAUGUUCGAUUAUCGAGAGGAUUAUCCUCAGAAAGAUUACAAGGUUGGUGCACCGUAUGCGACAGGGAUCGAGGGAUAACGGAAGUGACGAUUAGGAAGAACUCUGCAGAGGGAAAUUUCAAACUUUAAUAGGGAAUUUUAAUAAUGAAACGAUAUUAACUUUUACACAGGAACAGUGUAGAUCUGAUAUACUUAAAGCUCAACUCUGUGUGUAGAAAUAUUCCUACAGAAAGUCAUUAUUCCAAUGUUUUAUUCAUGAACCUGCAAAGAUUAGUAUGCAAUGCACUUUUACUACAUAUGUAUAUAGAUCUAAUAUAUAUUUUAGAAAGUUUAAAUUUUACUGACAAAAAGGCAUCUUCCUUAUUGACGUUUGAUGUGAAGGUUUCGGUUUUUGGUUUAAGGAAGAUUAUCAUUAAAUUGAGACCUGUAUAUGUAUGGAAAUGUUUGGUGACAGGGGGGGCAUUUGGAAUACAGUAACAAUUAAUGCUAUAUUCUUAUUUUAGAUACAUAGAUGAAUAAUUAAUUGCUUGUAUAUACACAAUAAUUUAUAAAUUUCACAGUGGAGUGACUUGGGUUUUCCACCUCAUUAAAAACGGACGUCUUUGAUCCGCUCCAGAAAUUGAUAUGGUUUUUUAGAUCAAAGAUCUGAUUUUUAAUGAGAUUUGUCAUAUUGUACAUAUUUUUCUUAUUGAAUUAGGUAUUCUUUCACUUUUGAAUGCAAGAUUAAUUCACUGUUGUAUGUAGAAUGAGAGGUAUAUAUAUAAAAUUGGUAUGUUCCAAAGUACAUAUGUUAAAGUACGUGUAUAUAUAGUCUCUGUUACGAAUUUUUAUUAUAAUAUGAAAAUUUGUAAAAUCGGGGACUUUUGAUUGUAUAUUAUAUUCUGGGUUUUCAGUUCUAGUACAUUUUUGUGUGUCCUUUUUUUAUUGAGUUUUUAUCAAUUUUAAAGAGGCUCUAAUCAAGCGAAGCUGUGAUAAAAAGUUUUCUGUUUCAAUAUAAGCAUAGUUUUAUGUAUUUUAUAUUUGAAAGAAAACAAUGUUAGAUUUGUUUGAUUUUUUUUUUAAAGUUUGCAUUAUUUCAGAAUCAUUUAGCGUCGUUCUCCAUUUCAGAAAUUCAUUAAUAAAAAGGUAUUAAAGCUUUAGCGGUUGAAUGUCACUGAGAUUUAAAAAAAAUGUAAAUUGUAAAUUCCGUCUAUAACAUUGCAUGUUCUCCAAUAUCUAUUUUCCAAACAUUGUUUUCUUUGUUUGAACAUUUUUUUUUUCAUAUCAACGUUUAUGUAUUAUGUGCUUUACACGAUUUUAUACUGAACUUUUUUUUUUAUGUACAUGUAUAUCCGUCCAUUCAUAUAAUCAAAGAAAUUAUUUAUUAUAUCAUAGGUUUAUGUCUACAUUGUAUUAUUAAAGGAGGCAAUGGAGCACACUGUUUUCCUGUUAUGUGAACGCCCUAUUAAAUUAUCAAUGCAUCA